AUGUAUGGAGUGCAAUGCGUGCAACAGAAUACACGCAAAUCCUAUACACAGAGUAAACUGGCAAAUGUCCUAUUUACUAAAGAACUCGUGCGUCAAUUGGCAAAGGCAAAGAUAAUAGGAAUAAAUGUUUACGCCUUACAUCCUGGUCUUAUGCCUACGGAAAUAUCACGUCAUAGCGGCGACACCUUUUUUUAUGGUGCGGACAAAUGUUAUACUUUUUGGACUUGGUUGUUUUUUAAGAAUGUGGUGCAAGGAGCACAAACAACAAUAUAUUGCGCGAUAGAUGAAAAAGCGGGCGAAGAGACUGGGCUCUAUUAUUCGUAAGCGUUAUAUGAUAUUAUAUAUAUGAAUAU